AUGCGUUUGUUGCUACCCUGGGCCCUGGAUAAAGCUGCUGAAGUCUGCCAGGCCGCAGCAAUCUUCGCGCCGCAGUACGGCGCACCUGCGGCGGUCAAUCAAGACGAUGACCAUGCCAGACUGGCCUUAAUCUACCCACGGCUUCAGAACACACAAAACGACCUUGAACGAAAGGUGAACGCUCAACCUGGCAAGAAUCUCGCUGCUGUGAAGCGAAUCCAGCCUGAAGUCUGGCUUUUCAUGGGGAAAUUCUCUACUACUGGUCCGUGCAGGCGCUCAUCACUUUCAUCGGCGUUUCACAUCACGCUGGGGCUAUUUUGGUGCCGAUACGGCACGUGCGGCACUCGAGUCCCAGGCGAAAGGCCGAAACACGCUAACGUCGAUCAACUGGCGGCUGGAAACAGCAAUGCCCCACUUGCGGGCUCAUCGCCAGUGGCGGAGUCAUUUCUCGGUCCGGAAGGGCAUCCUCGGGCCCAUGCCGUUGAUACUGUGCUCACUCCUCAGGAUAGGCAGCCUCGCCGCAACAAAGAUAGACGGGGAACCAUCGGGCGUUUCGCCGCGGGCCGGUUUUCGAAAACAUCAGUAUUCGCGCCCCUGCACGCGUCGGCGUGGAAACCUGCUCUGACGCGCUGGAACUCUCUCCACCGGCUUCUCUGCCACUCACCGACACCCGCCACGGCCAGAGUGGAGGAGAUGCCGGAUUUUCAAGAAAGUAGAGAUCAUCCGCUGAAAUCCGCCACUUUAGUGACCUCAAAAGGUUAUUCUGCGAACCUUUCCGCGGCCCUCCUCAAUCGUUUAACAUCUCCGAGUAGCAUCCGCACCGCUCCCUCCAACAAGUCCGGAAUACAUGAAGAGCUUUGGAAGUACUGGAGAAAUUACACGGUCCGUGCGUUCCAGGCUCUGUUGCGGGAUUAG